CCCGUAUCUAUUUGACAGUAGAUAUAUAUUAGAUAUACGAUGUACUCAAUAGAUAAAACAGAUACAGUUUAUUACAAUAAAUUGCUAUGUAACCGGGUAAGGACGCUGUUUUAAGCCAUGUCUGACCGUGAAAGACUGCUCGGGGGUAGUAUCUCUCAGGAGUCUUUGGGGAAGGACGCGGAGGAAAAACAGUGUAGUGGUGUAAACAAAUAUGUGGACGAGAAAACUCCUCUAACAGAAGGAAAAUCACAGACAUUUGUGUGCUGGUACGUCUACGUCAGUCACUUUUUAUCAGCAUGGGGAGACCGGAUGUGGCAGUUUGGUGUAGGCUUGUUCCUCGUCAUCAUCAGCCCAGAUUCCCUCUUCCUGACAGCUGUGUACGGGUUCGCUAUGGGAGCGGCCAUAUUGUUCUUUGGUCCACUGGUAGGAGACUGGGUAGACAGAACUCCGAGGCUCUCAGCCGCGAGGAUAUCUUUAAUAGUCCAGAAUCUGAGUAUAGCCAUAUGUGCUGCAGUUGUGUACUUCGUGAUCGUGUACAAGUCGGAGAUAGAGACACAAUGGCCGGACUACGGACUGCAGACUCUGUGCUAUGGUGUUAUUAUCCUAAUUGCAGUAAUAGCCCAGCUGGGUAGCACAGGGAAUACCAUAGCCGUGGAGAAAGACUGGAUAGCAGAAAUCUGCGGAUCCGACACGGAUCUACUCGCAACGACCAGUGCAAUUCUGAAAAGCAUCGACUUAAUUACGAAUAUUGUGGCGCCAAUCGCUACUGGACAGAUUAUGGCGUAUGCCUCUACCGAGAUCGGAGCUAUUUUUAUAGGAGGGUGGAAUGUAGUGUCGGUUUUCGUUGAAUACUAUCUACUUUGGAAAGUCUACAAUGUCGUCCCGGCACUCAGAGCAAAGAAGGACAAAUGUAUCGUUGAUAAAGUUGAACGAGAUCCGGAGUCUGGGAAGUGUGUUUCAUGUAUGGCGGGUUUACUGGGAAGCUUCGUCACACUGGCCCGCGGAUGGAAGACAUUCAUGAAGUAUGAGGUAGCAUUUGCCGGACUUGGUCUUGCUAGCUUAUACAUGACAGUGUUGGGCUUUGACAACAUUACUGUUGGUUACGCUUAUACGCAAGGAAUAAAUGAAUCCAUUAUGGGUGCUUUAAUGGCAGGUGGUGCACUUGUUGGAAUCCUAGGGACCAUUAUUUAUCCACGCAUGCGCAAAUGCAUUGGUCAGCAACGAACCGGUCUCUUUGGCCUUACUUUUCAACUUUCAUUUCUAACACUGUGUGUUGCAUCAGUUUGGACUCAAGGUUCGCCGUUUGACCUUGAUUACGCUAGCAAGCAAAACAAUGAUGAAGUAAUAACUGACGCAAAUUCAACAGCAUUCCCUCCUCUAUUCAACACCACAACCAUACCACCGCUCUUUAACACCACAACACCGGAGCCGUCUAAUUUUACAUCAGAUCCAGAAGACAAGACGUGGGAAGAUUACAUUUCUGUUGGACUUCUUAUGACAGGAAUUAUCGGAGCCAGAUGCGGUCUGUGGAUGGCAGAUUUGACGAUCACGCAACUGUUUCUGGAGGUUGUCAUUGAACAAGAAAGAGGAAUUGUUUUCGGUGUUCAAAAUUCAUUAAAUCAACUAAUGGACAUGUUGAAAUUUAUCAUGGUGAUUGUUGCGCCACAACCGGAAGUGUUCGGAUUACUUGUGCUGAUAUCAUUUGGAUUUGUAUCGAUGGGUUAUGUUUUGUAUGUAAAAUAUGUCUGUAGUGUCCGUGGAAAGUUGUCCCAGGUGUUUGAUAAGUCGGUAAUGGUCGCUGAUAUUGAAAAUACUGAAAAACAAGUUUUAAUUACAGACGAUAGUGUAAAGUAUAGUAAAGUAUAGUAAAGAUGCAAAAAAAACUUUAUAUAGCAAAACCAGUAUAUUAGGUAGCCCAAUGCUAUCACUUUAUGGCGUUUCAAAAGAGCUGAUACUUUUAUUUAUACUGUGUCCGUCAGGACCUGCUAGGAAGCCGUUGCGUAAAAAUGAUUAUAUAAAAAGAUAUAUUUCAAAUGUCCUGACAAUUCCAAUUACCAGAGCGGAACAAAAUGUUAUAUUUAUUUAUAUCAAAACUUAGAAUUAAGCUAUCAAAAUGCGCUACAAAAUCCUUACAGCACGGUUUCUCUAUUGUGAUAUGAUUUAAAAUUCAGCUCAAUAUUAACCUAAAACGUAGGGGCUCCGGUUGAUAAUCAAAUACUAACCCGAUUAAUAUGCGUGCGACUUACAAACACAGUGCAUGGCAAUAUUAUUUGUUAGCAGCAAUUACUCUGAACUUGAGUAAUUUACAUGUUAAUAUACUGCAAAAAUGAACAAGUUACAGGGAAUAUUGAACGAAUAAACAUUUUUGGAAAUUA